AUGAUAGAGCUCGCAGCUCGCUCAACAUUUCGUUACUUCUACUACAACCCUUCCCUAGCUGCAGCAGUUAUCUUCAUCAUCUGCUUCCUUUUCACCUCGAUCUGGCACACGUAUCAAUUAUUUCGCACCAGAACAUGGUUCUUCAUCCCCUUCCUCGUGGGAGGAUACUUUGAAUUCAUCGGGUACUGCGCGCGCGCCGUCUCGGCGGAGCAAUCGCCCAAUUGGACGAUGGGUCCGUUCCUAGUUAACUCGCUCAUGCCGCUGGUGGCGCCGGCGCUGUUCGCCGCAUCGAUCUACAUGGAACUCGGCCGGCUGGUUGUGGUCCUUCACGCAGAGCAAUACAGCCUAAUCCGACCCAAAUGGAUGACUAAGAUCUUUGUGCUAGGCGACGUGCUGUCGUUCUUGCUCCAGUCCGGAGGCGCUGGUAUGAUGGCCGGGAAAACGCAAUCCAGCUUCAAGACGGGGUCGAACAUCAUCGUCGUGGGCCUCGUGGUGCAGAUCGUGUUCUUCGGGUUCUUCAUCGUCACGACCGGCUUCUUUCACCUGCGGAUGACGAAGCAACCGACCACAUACUCGCUGAGCUCGGGGAUUAACUGGAAGAAGCUGGUCUGGACGCUCUACGCAGCUAGCGUCCUGAUCCUGGUGCGAUCGGUCUACCGGUUGGUGGAAUACAUCGAGGGCUUCGGAGGCUAUCUACUCAGCCAUGAGGCGUACCUCUACGUGUUUGACGCGCUGCUGAUGUUUGCCGUAAUGUUGAUCUUUCAUUUUGUCCAUCCGAGCGAGCUGAAUGCGUGGCUCAGGUCGGGUGGGUUGAUCAGUAAGGGUCUGCGGUUCGAGCGACUGAAUGGGGAUGCGAUGCAGAUUGCGUGAGCGGUCUCGAGUGUUUACCGGAACACGAGUUCACAUCGAUUCUAAGGUGGCUCAGUACCAGCCAAGAUUCCUGCGUUGCAUGUCCUCGGUCUUCUCGCCCAAGCCGCUCCAGCGAGACAGCCAAGAUCAAAUCCUACACUAAGUUAAGAUGAUGCCGAUUCUCUGGCAGGCAGUACUUCCUUUAUUGCGUGUGUGCCUAGGUCGACUUUUCCACCACCACGGGCAAUUUCUUAGAAGGCCAGGGACUGGGCAUAUAGUCUCUUGACACAGUCGAGAAGUGAGUGGCUUGGGCGAGAAGAUUUACUGAGCGGUUUUUUUAAGACUUCGUGUGUCCGAGCGUGGUCAAAAAGCUUCAUUUUCGAGGUCGAGUUUCUGCAAGGGCGAUACUGUUCAUAGAUGGUGCUGCGUGCCAGGUACUUACCACGAUGACUAAUAGCAAGGAUUAGAUGGGUGGAGGUAUUGUAUCCAAG